AUGACUGACGCCCUUCACCCAUCGAACGAAGAAUAUCUGGACCCCGACGAUGUUGGCCUGCGCAACUCACCCCCGCUCAAACCAAUGAAAGUCAAUCUGCAACCGUCGCCGAGUCCGCCGCCCUCAGUUCCUCUGCCCCUGGUCAGUCCUGAUUCGAGCCCAGGUCCUCCGGAUCGCAAAGGUUCUAAUCGGACAAAGUAUCGCCCCAGCCAGGGCGAUGCUGUGCUGGUCUCCUUCAUGGCAGGUGGGAAACAUUCUGAUAUUGCGCGCGACGCUGGGGAUAAGCCUUUGGCCUCGGACAAUGAAGAGGGGGAGGAGCCCGUGAAGGGAACCGAAGUUGCAGUCACGGCCGAGGAGGUGAAGGACGAAGCUAUCCCGGAAGAAAAUGGCAUCGAUCAUCUUACAGCUCUUGCCGCGGAUGCCCUGAGGCAGAGUGCGAAAGGCUCCUCUCAAACGGCGCUGAAGGAAGCUACAACGGCGAGCUCGAUACCGAAAAUGAGCAUGCCCUGUGUUGGGGAUCCGAUGGAGGGGUUGAAACCAACAAUACCCUCAAUAUCAACUCUAUACGUGGAUGGGACGGGGUCGAAAGCCUCGCCAGACACAACAAUCAAGCACGAGAUGUCUGGCUCUCCUGCAGCCGGGGAACUACCACCCAUUCGUCAACACUCCCCACAAUCAGCCUUGUCGAAUGGAAAUGGCACAGGCAAUAUUACUCUGCCAUCCAUUUCUGCCCAACUGGGAGACAUCAAUCACCUCACCGACGCCGCUGCAGCUGGAGACUCGGCCUUUUCACAGUCCCCUCCAGCGCGACCACCUCCACGCUUCUCGGCGGUUCCUGGACAUGGUUCACCUCCCAAAUCACCAAAUGAUACUUUUCGUCGGGAAUUACCUUCACCUGGCCGAGGAGGACACUUCUACUUCAACGCAAACAGCCAUCGAAGACUGUCUCAGACUGAUGGUCCACAAUAUUCGAGCUCUGGUGAUUAUAGCAGUAGCAACACGGAGACUCCAAGUACGGAUCAGUCAGGCUCCACUCCUGCGACAAUGGCCAUUGACCGGAUGAGUAUUGACGGCAUCACCAAUCCACAAAUCGGUGGCUUUCAAUGCACAUACCCAGGUUGCACUGCUCAGCCUUUUCAAACCCAGUAUCUCUUAAAUUCUCACGCGAAUGUCCAUUCCUCGAAUCGACCCCACUACUGUAGUGUCAAAGGCUGCCCCAGGAGUGAAGGGGGCAAAGGCUUCAAGAGGAAAAAUGAGAUGAUCAGGCAUGGCUUAGUGCAUGACUCGCCGGGUUACGUCUGUCCAUUUUGUCCCGAUCGAGAGCACAAGUAUCCAAGACCAGAUAACCUUCAAAGGCAUGUCAGAGUGCAUCACGUGGAUAAGGACAAGGAUGAUCCACAACUCAGAGAUGUCCUAUCGCAAAGACCGGAAGGACCAAGCAGAGGUAGACGACGAAGAGGGGGGACUUCAUGA